AUGGCGACCUCCAAGCGAGCCAGACGACGGAGCAACCAUCUUACACACUGCUACCACGAAGGAUACCUGGAGAAGAGAUUAUUCAACAACACGGCAUUUCGGAGACUAUGGACAUGCUUGUGUGGAAACACUCUUUUCUUCUUCAACAACACUAAAGACAACGAUUAUGUUGAGAAACUGGAUCUCAGUGACGUCAUGUCCUUGACAGAUGACUGCAGUGGAGACAGAAACCUGGAGGCAGCAGGACUCCUCCUGUACAUGAAGGACGGAGAGAUCCAAAUCACUGCCCCAAGUCUAGAGGCUCGAGAACUAUGGAAAGGUUUCAUCUACUGUGUAGUUGAGCUGUCAGUGCCCAGCUCACUCAACCUGCUUCCUGGCCAGAUCCACAUGAUGAGGGAGACAGUGGAGACAGAGAGGGAGAGACGGAACAACCUGUCCCUUACCCUUGCUGCAGCAUCCAGCUCCAACCUCAGUCUCGUAGAGGACAUGCCUGCGUGUUACCAGCCAGUGUCUCGUACCGAGGCAGAGAUUAUGUUGGAGAGACACUCUGACCGUGGGAACCUGCUGCUGCGGCCCAGCAGGGACGGAGUCUCAUUGGCUGUCACCACUCGACAGGACCUAAAUGGGCCUGUAUUCAGACACUAUCGCGUGGCUAGGAAACAUGACGGAGGAUACACAUUCGAUGUAGAGACUCCAAUCCCCUGUGCCACACUGCAUGGUGUCAUCAACUGUCUUGUGGAGAAGACUAAUGGAGCUCUGACACCCUUCAUUAUGGAGGGACCCUACGAAGAGAGCAUCACGUUUGUUCAGGCAAAUGAGGAGAGUGGAGAGAAGAGUCUGCAGUGCGCCCCCAGUACUCCCAUGCCCCCUGUGCCAGUCCCUGCCCUCCCUCCCAAACCAGAGGAAGAAAGGGAAGAAGGCACUCCAGUGCAGGCUGCUCACCCCCCUCAGCCUCCUCCCACACCUUUUCGUCUGCCAAAAGCUGAGAGGAAGACCCUGAAUCCACCACUGGUGCCCCCUGUUCCGACACCUCGUACCUCCCCCAGCACCUCUACAGAUACCCCUGACGCCAGGUUGAGACGCCUCGCUGUAAAUUCUGUCCCACUAGACGUUGUGGCUCGGACCAUAUCUGAGGAGCUGAAACUGAAGUUGGAGAGGAGGUUGGCGCAUCAACAGUGA